AUGGAUCGCACGCGGGCCGAGGCGUCGACGGAGGAGACGUACCCUGGGGUGCCGGGGAUACCGCGCGCGGACGUCGACGCGUUUUUGUCGCGACUCGAUGAUUGUCAACCGGUGAUUCCGGAUGAGCUGACGAAUCAUUACCUGAAGCGCGCGGGGGUGCGCGAGCCGGACGUGCGCGUCACGCGAUUGAUCUCGCUCGUCACGGAACAGUUCGUGCAGUCGGUGGCGGACGAUGCGUAUCGAUGUGCGGUACAGCGGCAUCAGGCGCAGGCGAAGGAUAAGCGGGAGAGAGGGUACGAUACGAGGGAUAAGCGCAUCGUGCUGGAGAACGAGGACCUGGCGGCGGCGCUGAAGGACCACGGCGUGAACCUGCACAAACCGCCGUAUUACGUCGGCGCGGCGCGCCCGGAGGAGGUCGAGGAACAGGAGGAGGCGGUGAAAGAGGAGCUUAACGAGGAACCGACUGAGAAGAAGAGACGAUCGAAUUGA